UACGAAUUAGCAAUUCGCUGUCUCGCUUGCUAUAUUUAACUGGCGACGGCGGGAACUGCGCUUCUCGCUCGUCUCUUCCCGUUAUUUUCUCUCUGGAAGUAUCGGCAAGCGUCAAGUGAUAUCCGUACGUCAUCCAAUGGGAACGGGAGAAGCGCUCCACAUUCCAAGACCCGACCCCAGCACCAUGAGCUCCUAUCUGCCUCCGCAGAGCAGCGGAAUGCCUUACAACGCCGGAAAUAACGGUGUCUCCGCCCCCUCUGGCCGUCCAGACGCUCCCCCAGGCACGUUCAUGCCUCCUCCGCCCCCCGGCACGUGCCUCAUGUGCUACAAUCCCAACGUGGACGUGUUACUGGAGCCGUGUCACCACCAAUUCCACGCUGGCUGCAUCGAGCGCGCACUAACGAAGGACAAAGUAUGUCCUUCAUGCUGGACGCCCAUCCAGGCGCCACGUCGCCUCAUGACGCAGCAGUACGCGGCUCAAAUGCAAGCGAAUGUCCCCCAAGACAAUGGCGGGUAUCCCGUGGACAGUAAAGCGCAUGUACUGGACGGCAACGCAGCGACUGGAGGGACCCCCACAGCCAACGCAGACGGUAACUCUACACCGGCCAGUAAUCCGCCCACAGCGAUGCGUAAGGGCAAGUGGACGGCCGAGGAGAGCGCCUACUGCGACCGUCUGAUUGAGGAGUUCAAGAAGGGCAACUUACCUUUGGCUGAGGGCACGACACUGCGGACUUUUCUAUCCAAACUACUGAAUUGCGACCCUAUGCGCAUCUCGAAGAAAUACACAGGCGAUCAAUGUAUCGGCAAGAUCAUUUUCCGACGACGUGAGGACGAAGUGUCCAAGGAGGACAUGGAGAAUAUCCGCAAAGAUCUGGCUGAGCUGGAGAAAACCUACUUGGAACGAGAGCAAUACAACCAGCGACGACGCGAGAAGCGACUGGAAUCGGAGCUCUCUAGGGACAAGAACCGCUUUGCAGCGGCCAGAUCUAUCGGAUACGCAGCGGCGGCGGCAGGAAACCCUGCGGCUAUGAGACCGCCGCAUCCACAGCAACAGCAACAAGGAUAUCCCAGUGCGUCCAUGCAGCCAAUGACCAAGCAGGAGCCUCGUCCAGUGCCUGUACAGCAGCCAACUGCUGGCUACGGAGCUCCUGGUCGACCAGGAGCCAUGCCUGUCCAGCCGCCUCUGCACCCUCCGCAACAGAACAAUACCGUCACUUCUCAUGUAUUUAACAGCGAUCAUAACAACGUGUCGAUGCUGGGUAUUGCUGGUGCACAGUCACAGGGCCAAGGACAGCAGCCUCCGAACCAGAUGCAGGACAAUAAACCUCCAAGUAGCGCUCCAAUGGACGGCAACGCGAGCGACGCCUUCCCUCGUGUGUCAUCUAUCGACAGUUUUUCCUGUCUGUUCCCUCGAGUGGCCAGUAUCGAGAACUUCCAGCAUUCCACGUCGUCAGGCUUCAACAAUAUGAACCCUAACGUCUCGUACGCGUCGACGGAGACCCAGAACACAAUGACGAGCUCUGGAUUCGACUCACAACAUGCUGGUUUACCAAAGCCGCUGUCGAUUGGCGAAGGUCUGAACGCCUAUUUCCCACGUAUCCAGUCGCUAGAGCAGCUGUCCAAUCUGCUGCAAGAUCACGGACCCAACAGUCCUCGUGGAGCCACUUCAGCAGCUCAGAACUCGAUGGAAAACGCAAAGCAGGACAAGGACAAUGCCACGUCUGGAGGAGUCCGGAGAAAACUAGGGGAAACUGGGAUCAAGGAGGAGCAACGGGAUGCAGACGUCAAUACGCAGAGCUCUGCCACUAGCAGCGACAACAGCGUGUCAACUUCCACGAGUGCGACGACUAGCUCUACUACCACUGGUGCCACCACCAAACGCCUCAGCCCCAGUCACAAUUCCUCGGCCUCGUCAGGCUCAGGAAACCAGAUCCAGAUCCCCAAACCUCUGAACAAAAUGCCGCGUAGCUCGUCGGGUAUUUUCCCUCGCGUGCCGUCGAUGGAUAAAAUGCCUCAAGUGCCUUCACUUGACAAGAUGCCGCGUGUUGCCUCGUUGGACAAACUUCCGCGUAUUCCGUCAAUGGAUAAGCUCCAUACCAUGGGCGGAGGGGAGCAGCGUAUCCCGAGAGUCCCGUCUAGUGAUAAAAUGGCUCGAGUGCCCAGCUCGGACAUGUUGUCUCGCUUUGGAUCGGGCGAUCUCAGUAGCUUCCCGUCAUUCUCGAACCUCAGCACGUUGUCGUCCAGUGCCUCGUACGACAAACUGAGCUCGCUGGGCGGAUUCAAGUCUGGAUUCCCGCGUAAUUCUUCUAUUGAGGACAUUUUGUCGCUGGUGGCGUCAUCCGAGUCGACAGGUCUUCCUUCUAAUGGCUCUGCGAUGCAACUGAGCGCACUGGCGGCAGUUGCUGGCGAGGAAUCUUCACACUUGGCAAACGAACGGAAACGUCGAUUGGAAAACUCGCAGCAGGAUUCAGCGUUGGCAGCAGAUAACAAGAAGAACAAACUAUCGGCGUGAAGGUGAUGGACCGACUGGAGGAUUUUAUAGAUGGCUUGUGCUUUGAGCCGAUCGAGUGGGAGAAGGACGAUAAAAUGGUGGCCGACCACCUGGGCAGACGUUUAUACUGGUGGCGCUCUCUCUCGGCUCGAGUUUUUUCUUUUUUUGCCUUUUUUGCCGAUGGUUCUCGUGGCGAGCUGUUAGUGUAGUUAAUGUAAGCGCGUGCAAUACCAAAAAGAUGUCUAUUUGCAUGCCAUUUCGAGAGUGUUGUUCAACUGGAGAAAAAUGUACGUCACUUUUGCUAAGCCAC